AUGACUUUACUUGUUCAAACGCUUCAUCUCACUGAGUUUACAGGGGCAGCGGCCUGCUUAGUACUUGCAGUUAUACUCGUUAUCUUCAAGGGGUUCAAUCGAAAGCCACCGUCACUGAGGCCGGAAAAGGACGAAGCUGGCAAAGCGGCCGACCAAAACAACUUCAAGUCACGGGACUUCAAGAUGCCUACUCCUCCACCCUAUCCGGAGUGGUCUAUCGAAUCCACCAAACCUUUACCGUACAGAGCUUUGAGAUAUGGGCCGAAAUACAAUGUCACAAUGGGGCUUCGUACCAUUCCACCGAUUGAAUGGGUCGAGCUUGACUGCCAAUUUCCCAAGUAUCACGCAGACAAGGCAGCUCGACUGCUUAAACGCGGUGAAAAAUACGCCAAAACGCACCCUGAUAUAUUUCCUGCCGCAGUAGAACUGCUAUAA